UGGAACCACCUUUCUCUGACGUAGCAAAACAACACUCAAGCUGUGACGCCAGCUACGGAAGAGAAGUCACUGUUAGCUCCUAUGAAAUUUAUCUUCUAAAUAUUUAGCUGGCAUAUCUAGAAAGUAGUGUUCAAUAUGUUGUGUAAUCACAACGAUUACUACUAGUAGAACAGCAAUUGUGUUCAGCAAAUGGAUGUAGACCACUGUCUAAUAGUUGGCUAGGUAGCUUGAAGCUAGUUUUCAGUCUUAACAGCUGAAUAUAAUAGGCAGGUCCUUUGUUUCGGAAUGAUCCAUAUUGAUAAUCUGCCACAGAUAGCGUGACUAAUUUACCCAAAAUGAAUGAGUGAGAUCAAGAGUUAGCCCAGUGAUUUAACGAUAUUUGUCAAAUUUGUUACGGAAAGAGUUGUAAUUCGACCGUGAUAGAGGAAUUUAGGAUAGCUAAGAUUUGCUAGCUGGAAGAAGGAAAGGGUUUGGAGUGGUCAUGGGCAAUUGUCUAAAAUCCCCCACGUCAGACGAUAUUUCGUUGUUACAUGAAUCGCAGUCUGACCGGGCUAGUUACGGCGAUGGCUCCGACCCGGAUUUAGAGCCCCCUCCACCUUAUGAGGAGCAGGUCCACAUGCCUGUGUACCACCCCACACCCAGUCAGACGUGCCUAGCCACCCAGCUCACUGAAGAGGAGCAGAUCCGAAUUGCUCAGCGCAUAGGCCUCAUCCAACAUCUGCCCCGGGGAGUCUAUGAUGGGGGUCAGGAUGGCUCGGAGAAGAAAAUUAGGGAGUGUGUGAUCUGCAUGAUGGACUUUGUGUAUGGAGACCCCAUCCGGUUCUUACCAUGCAUGCACAUCUAUCACAUGGACUGCAUAGAUGAUUGGCUGAUGCGCUCCUUCACCUGUCCUUCAUGCAUGGAGCCAGUGGACGCCGCGCUUCUCUCCACGUACGAGACCAACUGACCACGGACCACUCUCCCCUCCUCCUCCUCUUCUUCUUCUUCUUCUUCUUCUUUCACCCUCCCCCAAAAUCCUUAGUCUUUCAAUUUGACCCAGACGUCUAACCUAAUUGGCCAUUGUGUGGUGGGAAUACAGCCUAACUUUGACGUUUGGGAAUUCAGGGGCAGUAAAAGACCCCAUUUCACGCAACAGCCUAUAUUGCUCCCUGCAUUGAAAAUGGUUCGGUAUGCUUUAGGGUUGUGAACUGUGGUUAGGUUUUAGUCAAUGGGUCCCCCUGCAUACAUAUGUGUGGCCAGUUGGCGUGCAGUCUUGUGGUUUGCAUUAACAUUGAGGAUCCUCUUUUUUUCAGCUUUUAGCAUUAUAUAUGUUUUUUGUUUUGUUUUGUUUUCCAGUGUUUCAGAACAUUUUGAUUUGUCAAGUCAAAAUCAGUUUUCAGUUAAGGACAAAAUCAAGGUGAUCGAGAUGUCUAAAUGGCAUUAGAUAAAUGACUUGAAGGCGGACGUUUUUUUUUGUUUGGUCGUUUGAUCUAAGCCUAGGACCAAAUGGCAUUUUGAAAUCUAUGUUGAAAACCAAAUUUAAGUCCAAGAGCAGGUUUCCUGUCUAGAAAUCUGAUCUAAUCUAUAUUUCCUUCGCCCAGAAAGAGGUUGACUAUGUAAUUUCCUCUUAACAAGCAAUGCAGAGAGAGGCAGUCAAACAAGUUGUGCCUGCCAUAUUUAUCAAGCAAACAUGCAAUGUUAAGAAAAUCUUAAUUUUUAUUUGAGUUGCCUAGUUCCUCAGGCAUCAUGUCUUCAAGUCUUAACUCUUCUAGUCUUCAGAACUGUGUAGUAUUGUGUCCACAACUGGAGGAGUCAAGUCACUCUCAUUCAGCCAAUGUAAAGGGCUCAUUCGCGCAUGGGGAUCAGGAACAAGUAGCCGCCAGAUUGCAAGUACAGUAGGAAUGCUUGCACAUACAAAAAAUAUAUAUAUCGAACCUAGAAAAAUUGCACUUUACAUAGGUUAAUAACGGGAAUCAUAUUUAUGUACAGUAUAACCUUAACCUUGCACUAAUCUUAUUUUUGUCACAUAGGUCACUGUAAAUAAUUCUAUUAAUGCUAUUGUUGAUCAGUAUUUAUGUGACAUACUAUUGGUGUACAUUUCCCUGUCUGGAAUUCCAGACGCUGAAGUGUUACAGUAAACAAUCUAUUUGGGUCACAACAUCAUACACUACACUACUGAAGGCCUCUCACUGAAGUGUCAGUUUAUUUAAUGUCAGUUACAAAAUGUUUAUUUUACAUUAUAUCCAAAUGUGUAGGCCAUGCUAUAUAUUAUAGUAGUGUACAGUUCCAUUCUUUUGUGUAUUGUAGCUGUAAAUCUGAAAAAAAAAGUCAACCAGUGACAUUCAUACGCCCUUGCAGUCAGUUUAGUAUAUUAUCGCCCCAUUAAAUCAACAUUACAUGAGGUGACAUUGACAGCGUUUGAGAACAGUGUGACAACAGAGGAAGAGUAAAUGCAUCUGCAUUCAAGAUGUUGAAAUGGACAUUUGGAAUUAUUGUAGACUUGCUCGCAGGUUCGAGCUUAAGCGGUGACGUGGCGGUGACAUUACGAGGUCGUUAUAUGUCUGGGUCGGCUGCCAUCACAGGCAGCCACCAGGUGAAAAGGAGAAAAGUUGAAGCUAAAAGAUUUUUUGUAUCUGUCUCUUUUUUUUUUUUUUUUUUUUUUAGAAAUAGAAGCUGUAUGUAAGAUCCAGCUCUCAAUCAGCUCUCCUUUGUCAAUAUUACUAAUUUACUGACGUGGUGGUGAUUUUACUCUUUCUGUCUGCAUUAUUGCAGUUCGCAGUAUACAGGCUGUUGGACAGAUUACCAUUUGUAGGGGCCUUCUUAGCUUUAUCUGUGAAUGACUAUUCUCAUAAACUGUUGAGCAAUUCACCUUAUUUAUAUUUCAUGUCUCCAUUUAGUCAAUGUAUUUGUUUUAUUUUUAUUUUCGAGGAGAGUAGUACAGGAGUUGUUUGAAUCUUUACAGUUAGCCAAGCUUUGACCAUUGACACUUCAACUCUGACCAUUCAGUAAACAUGUAAUAAAGACCACAUUAAAGAUGUUAUGAAGAUGU